AUGACAAAGCUAGUUUUUACUAAAAAAAAAACAGAACACAUUUUUUACUGUAUCAUUGGGUUGCGUGGAGAUUUGAAAGGUUUAGAUGGUAAAAAUAACAUUGAGAAACUUCAGACUGAUGUUAUAGUUGAAGAAUGUAUUCAGAUUCGAGAAGAUCAAUUCAACGCUCAUUUUGAAAAGGAUGAAACUAUCAAGGCAGAAAAACAGAAGAAACUGACGGAAACGACUCUUCCAAAAAUUCUGGGUUUUAUUGAGAAAGCUUUAAGUGAAAAUGCUCGUGGUAAUGGUUUUGUUGUGGGCAACCAGUUAACAUGGGCCGACCUGGCUUUAAUUGAUACGAUGGAACGUCUCCCUGACUUACUCGCCAAAUACCCCAAAAUAUCAGCCCACAAAAAACUGGUGGAAGGUUUACCUAAACUAGCAGCCUACAUCAACAAGAGACCAAAAACUGACCUUUAAUGCACUUAAAAGAAAAAAGGGUGGACUAGCCAAUAGAACUAAUACCUUGUCACUCAUCAGAUUAGAAACUAGACACCUAGUUCAUGUACAAUAAAUUAAAAACGAAGUGCCCACAUCAAUAAGAGAUUAAAGACUGAACUUGAAAGAAAUAUAAUAUACCACUUUUCUGGAUAUAAUCUGGCAUCUCGUUCAUCUACAAUUAAUUAACAACGAAAUGCGAAGUGAUUGCAGUUAAUCGUAUUUCCCAGACGACCGUUUAAUCAUUAUCUUGAGCAAACAGCUCAAGGAUCUGCAUAACCGGUAUAAUGACAUUUCGACAUUGGUUAUAGCCUGUUCAAGUAAUUGCAAGCGAACUAAAAGCAACAUUUUAAUUCUAUGUAGUGACACAAAGCACAUGCACAUUCACCCACUCACUUACAUUUAAUGAUAGCAUAUUAAAGAAUUUCAAUUAUAUUUCGAUGUAAAUAAAUCUUAAAUAGCUUC